AUGGGCAAGCCGGGGGCUGAUGUGCUCUCGACGCCGGCGCUGCUGGGGCUGAUGGAGGGCGCUUGCAUACAGCAGUCUGAGCCGUACAUGGCUGUCGAGCAUACGACGGUGGGCUAUGCGGUGGACGGACUGCGCCAUCUCGCACCGACGCCUGUGGGGAACAAGGUGGUCAUCAGCGUGGAGCUGACGGAGGUUGACCGCAAUCGCCUGACAUAUCAGAUCGAGGCGCACGAGGGCGAGCAGCGCGUCGCAAUGGCAACGCACAAGCGGGCGGUGAUUCCCAUUCAGUAG